UCGUUGUGUGUGCCAUAAGGAAGAAUAACAAUUUGGUUGGCUAGGAAAGGGAAAGGACUUUUGGCUAUUUAUUCGGAUACGCCGUGUUAUCGGAGGUUAGUCGCCCAUCGUGUCGUAUGCUGGAAACAACACACACACACAUCAUUUCAUAUAGACACAUCUCUCUAUCUGCUGAAUCUGAGCUGGAUCGACAAUGUCUGCCGUGUUGAUGUUGGCCAGUUAUUCGUGGAUCGGAUGGGGUCCCUUCACCACCUGGACGGUCCUGGCCGUUUUGCUCGUCGUUUAUUACCUGAUGUGGAGUCAAUCGCGCAACGUCAGACUCGUCAACGCACUGCCCGGACCAGAUUUCCUACCUUUCCUGGGCAAUUUUCUGGAUCUGAACGUCGAUCUCGAUGAAUUUCUCAAACUUGUGCAUUUUGACUGGGUCAAGAAAUACGGGCCCAUCUACAGGGCCUGGGGCGGAUUCCGUCCGGUGGCUAUUCUCUCAUCACCCGAACUCAUGGAGCCGAUCUUAGUCAGCCAGAAACUCAUCACCAAGGCGACCGAGUACAGUUACCUGAGUCCCUGGCUGGGCAAUUGCAUGUUCCUGACGACGGGCGCCCGUUGGAAGAACCGCCGUCGUCUGCUCACUCCCGCCUUCCACUUUCAAAUCCUCAACAGUUUCGUCGACGUUUUCAACGAGAAGAGUGACGACUGCGCCCGGCAAUUAAAUCGAGCCAUCGACAUUCACCGAGACGCCGAAUUCGACGUCUUCCCGAUCAUGACGCAAUGCGCAUUGGACAUCAUCUGCGAAACUUCCAUGGGUCGGCAGACGAGGAGUGAAGAAGAGAAGGCGAUUUACGUGAAAAAUCUUCACAGAAUUGGGCAGAUUGUCAUGGAGCGAGGGAUCCGACCGUGGCUGACCUUCGAUUGGAUUUACCAAUUUAGCACACUGGGUCGUGAAAACCAGCGCUGCGUCACAGCUCUUCACGCGUUCACCAAUCAGGUGAUUAAAGAUCGACGCGAAGCGCUCAAAUUGGAAGCCAAGACAAGCCAAGACAACAAUAACGUCCAGGAAGAAAAAUGCGACGCCCCAAAAGAAAGAUUAGCCUUUUUGGAUUUACUCAUCAAGGCAUCCGAAACGAAUGCGGAUUUCAACGACGACGACAUCCGAGAAGAAGUUGACACCGUCAUGUUCGCGGGACACGACACGACGGCCUCUGCCAUGACGUGGUUCCUCUACUGCAUCGCCAAACACCCAGAGCACCAGCAAAUGGUCAUGGAAGAGGUGGAUCAGGUGUUUGGCGGCGACGCCGAGCGUCCGUGCAGCACUCAGGACGCGGCCCAGCUCAAAUACUUGGAGUGUUGCAUCAAGGAAACCCUCAGGCUCUAUCCAAGUGUGCCAGCCGUCAUGCGAUCCCUCACCGAGGAUAUUGACAUAGGUGGAUAUACAUUACCCGCUGGCGUCUCGGUGGCCUUGAUGAUUUACGGCAUGCACCACAGUCCGCUGGUUUAUCCCGAUCCGGAUGCAUUCAAGCCGGAGCGAUUCCUUCCGGAGAACAGCCUCGGCCGACAUCCGUACGCCUUCAUCCCAUUCAGCGCCGGACCCCGCAAUUGCAUCGGGCAAAAGUACGGCAUUCUGGAAAUCAAAAUCGUCCUGGCCAAUUUGAUGCGCCAGUUCCGGUUUGCGGUUGCGGAUGCGUCGCAGCCCAUGCUCACCCCAUCCAGCGAAGUCGUCUUGAAACCCAAACACGGAGUACAUCUCAUCGUCUCCAAACGGACGACGACCGUUGAUGGCGUGAAUCAAUCACGAUCGAACUACUAGAUAGCGCUCACUUCCGUUAAAUAAUUCUCAUCGCCGCAUCGCAAAUCUCUCCGUUAUAUAUCCUCGCUACGACAAAUCGUUCAUUCGCGUACUGGGUCGAAUGUUUCCAUUUGAUUUUGUCGUUCCAAUUCAUAUUCACGAAUAAUUAUAGAAUCAACCGCAAACCGAUCCUUUUGUUUCUUUUUGAAUAAUUGUAUCCUGUUUGAAAAUGUCCUUAUUUGCCAAUGAAUCUUUGUUAAUACAUUUUUCAACGAAA